CGGAGACAAGAGUGUCCAAUAUUUUGGUGGUGAUCUCCCGUGGUGGUGUUCCCGCGCUCAACCUUCUGAUAUUACCCUGGAAUGUGGGUUUUAGAGAAAGAUGGGACACCUCCAGAUGAAAUUCACUUCUUGUACUGUGGGACACUACUGCUGGUGACCCGACGUGAGGGUCACAUUCUUCUUCAGGGUGAUGUCUCCAUCAGCCGACAGCAUGCUGCUAUUUUUAUUACUCACUCGAUUGAAAAUUUGAAAAAUAUACAAGUAUUGCCGAAGGUUGAACUAACUGAUUUAGGAGCAAAAUACGGUACCUAUAUGAAUGAAGGCAUCGAGUCGCAACAAAAGUUGCUUCUAAAUUCAAAAACUGAGUUGAACAAUGGUGAUCAGCUCAAGUUUGGCAUGCUUACCAACCUUUGGAGGUUGGUAUACCGACCCCUGAUUGUGACAACAUCAACGUUGCAGCUGGCUAGCAGGGAUGUGUUGACAGAUGCUUUGCUCAAGUUGGGUGGCCACUUGGUUGAUGAAUGGAGUAAUGCCUGUUUAUACUUGGUCAUGACUAACAUCACAUUCACAGUCAAGGUGGUGUGUGCUCUAGCUGCUGGACGAUACAUAGUAACUCCAGAGUUUUUUACCAAGUUGCUGGAUGCUGUGAUUAACAAAACUUCUCAUCCAAAUCCUGCUGAAUAUAAUCCUCCACUUAAAGAGAUGACAAUUAAUAGUGGAAAGGUGUCUUUUGUUCCUGAUGAAAGGAGGAAGACUCUGUUUAGUGGGUGCACAUUUUUAUUUUCCUCUGAAAAACAGCUGAAGAGGAUGGCACAAGCCAUAGCUCUAGCAGGUGGCAGUGCAGAAAAGCUUAAUGAAGAGAAUUAUAAAAUGCUGGUGUCUAAUAACUAUCUCUUAGUCAAAAUUCGUGCAGAGAAAUCGAGUUCUUCCAAAAAUGACCUCUACAAUACUGCAGAACAAUUACUAAGUGAUAAUAGACUGCGUGCUAUCCCUGAGUCAGACAUUGGUUUGGCUAUUCUGUACAUGGACACAAGUGGUCAUUGCAAUCCAGCCUUCAAGGUUUCCAGUAUCCUUCGACCCGGAGGCUCAUCUGCAUCGGAAAUUACUGAGGGUUUACAGAUAUACGCCACCGAGACCCAGGACACGGAGGAGAACCCGGUGAGCUGGACGGGCACUCGAGUGGUGCCUGAGACUGGUCAAUCAUCAGCUUCCAGAAGACCUUCUUGCACAGCAGCUACCUCCAAUUGCUCACCUGUAUCCAGUAACACCUCAACAUCUACCAGUACCAAUGUGACAUUCUUACCUACAUUAGGCCAGUCACUGCCAUCUUUAACUGGUAUUGAAGACAAAGAAAACUUUUUAAAUAGUACAAAGAAAAGGUCACGGCCAGUAAAUGGAGAAGACACUGCACCUUCAUCCAAACGUAUCAGUAUUCAUUACCCUGACCAGAUACACCAAGAUCACCCAGACCCUACACAGCCUAUGGAGUCACAGAUUGACUGUAAUGACUCCCAGUCUAACUCCCAAGUGACAGCCCUGAAGUUUGAGCCUCAACAUUGUAGCACCCAGAAAAAUAAGACUACAACACCUGCAACUUCAUCAUCUGAUGGACAUCCAAGUGAGGCAAAUAAGACCAGUAGGAUAGCUCCAACUGACAUGCCAAGUACCUCUGGUGAGAGUUUGGACAAGUCCAUCGGUUGUACAGGUGUGAGAUCCAUUCCCUUCGAACCUUACACACUUCCUAGCUUGAAAACAGACACACUGUAUCACGAUGACAUGUCAACCCAACAAUUUGUUCCUGUCAAAGAUGAGCCUCUCACUGCAGAAGCAGAUGAAAGUUUAUUAGAUGUCACAGAUUGUCACCCUGAAAAGAGAAGAGCAGAGGAACAAAUGAACUUGCUUAAUAAAAAUGAUGACUCUCUGUGGCAUGGAGGCAAAAAGAGGAAAAUUGGGAAUGAGAACAAUGGACUUACAAAAACUGAGAGAAGCUUAAUUAAUAAUAACCAGAGAACAAAUACUUUUGUACACAGUGUAAAACAGGAACAGGCAGAGGAGGACAAUCUUUUUGACUUGCCAACAACAAGUGAAAGAGUUCAGAGAAGAAGAGCAGGCAGUCAGAGUGCUGCUGCAGCAAAUUCAACAACUGUGAAUGUCAGAGAGCAUAUUCCAGAUGAUGAGCUCUUUGCCUUGCCUACAUCAUCUCGAUCAGAGCGCAGGAGGAGACAACUUGAUCAGAAAGCCGAAGAUACACGAGCACCUCAAGAGGGCAAUCGGUCAGAGCCAGCGAAGGCAACCCAAGCUCCGAUUAAUAAUCCCUGUAGGGGCAGUGUAGAGCAGAAACAGAAGAUAGUGAUUGUUUCAAAUGAAGGAGACUUUAUAUCAAAGAAAAGUAUCUCCAUUAAGCGAAGUCCAAGCGAACUAGAGGCAGCAGCCCAAACUGGUAUGCCUCUGCCAGGGGUGAUCAAACAUGGAGAUGUUGCAGAGCUCAGUGGUGCCAUGGAGAAAUCUCUGGUGGUUGUGGAAGUAGCUUCUCUUGUGAGGCGAAAUAAUAGAAUUUCUGCAGAAACCUCACUCAAUCAGAACUUUGGUGGACUUCAAAAUUACAAGAGAUUUAGAAAGAAUAUAAAUGAAAUCACAUCACUGCCAAGAAUCAUAGGAGGCAGAGAUCUUGUAGCUCAUGAUGUAGCAGAGAACCCACUGCGUGAUGCGUGGUUCUCCCAGCAUCAAGAUGUGACUAUUGUGCUAGAAGAGAGAACCACACGGAAUGCGAUUGGUUCUAAUUUUGCUGAUGAUGAAUUAUUUGACCUGCCAGGGAUCUCCAGGAACCGGUCAAGGGUGCGAAAAUAACCAUACAAGCCUUCGUGCUAAUUUUAUGUUAGUGUGUUGUAUGGGAUGUGCAUAAUGUUUAAGAAAUUAACAAUAAACUGUGCAAUUACAGCAUC